GAAGCAGGCAUGGGGCUAUUUUUAUACCGCGUCGCGGCGUAGCAUCCUAAAGCGUCACGUGGCGUGAGAUCAUUCAAAGUUCACCUCUUGGCACUUUACGCCUACGACCUCCUUUGAGAAUGUCCCGUUAUCCGACUACGCUGGACCCUGCGACGACACCGACCAAGGCGCAGAAGAAUAGAGCAAGGAGAGAACCUUCAGGUGUAUUCUCCCUGUUCCAGGCCCCCCAAAUCCAACAGUUCAAGGAGGCAUUUCAGUUGAUUGAUCACGACAAAGACGGAUGGGUUGGCGAGAGCGAUUUGAAGGAGAUUUUUGGGAGUCUGGGAAUCCAACCGUCACCAGAGAUGAUGCAAGAGCUGCUACUGGCCCGACCAGGAGAGACGAUCGUUGGCGAACGCGGGGUGAACUUUACGAUGUUCUUGACAAUGAUGAGUGAACGGCUGUUUGAGUUUGAUCCGGAGCAGGAGCUGGUAGAGGCGUUCGAAUGUUUUGAUGAGAAUGACAGCGGCUUGGUUAAGGUUGAAGAGAUGAGGAAGUGGCUGGGCGAGCUGGGAGACAGGAUGGAUGACCGCGAGAUUGACCGGCUGCUUAAAGGGCCAUUUACGGAUCGACAGGGUAACUUUAAUUAUCGUGAAUGGGUCAAAGUGCUCCGGAUAAAUGGCGAGGAGGAGGAGAACAAGAUAUGAUACUAUGAGAAAGCUAACUCUUGCGUUAGUUUACGGACUUGUAAGACCCUCCUCUUCCGUGCCAAGCUACGGUGUUGAACACAGCAACUAUUACGAUCAUGUGAUGCCAUUACUUACAGUAUUGAGAACCAGAUCAACAAAGACCUAAGAUAUACGGUAAGACCUAGACCGCCAAGGUUUCGCCUCCACUGCCUUUCGAAGGCGAAACCUGCCGAACUAGAACAAUCGCGUUACCCUCAAUCAAAUUCGUAGAAAAUACAUCAGGUUUGUGGCUGAUGAAUUCGGGU